AGUCGAUCAGUCGAUCUCUUGGUCCAUCCACAUUUGCUGGUAUCAUGGCCUUCUUCGCCUUCUUUUCUGGUGGCUCCUGGUGGUGAGGUUGGGGAGAGCCUGUUUGCCCAGAGCUUGGAGAGGUGCUGAAGCUGGGCAAACAUUUGCUCAAUGCCAACUUCAAGACGAACAGGCUCUGGAGGUGGCGCGAUUGGAGCUUCUGAGGUUGGAUGCAUGAUUCAUUGGCAAACAAGUGCAUCGUGCAGGUGCCUUUCCAACAAGCACCAGACAUCGUCGCAGACUCCAACCUUGGAUGAAGGCGCCGAGCUGAGCAGCUUCACAAGGUUGACAGGCCGAUCUUUCUUUGACAUUUUGUGGAUCGUGCCAAAGGAGCUCUGUGCCGUGAAGGAAACGGCGCUUCUCCUGGCUGUAGUCCACACAGACUGGGCCCAAACCGGACACAUUGAUCCUCAAGCCUUGGAGGCUUCUUGAUGGAUGAGGCUUGGUGCGACCCGUGCGAGCUUGCUUCUUUGAAGCAAAGGUUGGUGGUCGACCUGUGCAUCGAUGGCCUGCCAAGCA